AUGACGGCUACGGAGGAAACGGAACCGUUGAUAUCGACGUCAUUGGUAUCUUCUCUCAGUAAGACCCAAAGAGUCACUUAUCACACAAUUUCAUUCGAAGAUAACGAAAGGAAUGCGUUGCACGGAGAAAAUCCGGAAAAUUCUUUUGAUCUUAAACCGAUUUCAAGCGCAUCGACAAUCGCAGAUUUCAACAAAAGUUUCGACAACAACAUUACGUAUACGUGGAGCGACGUCAACGUGUAUUACAGCGUGAAAAAUGACAAAAUUUGGGAUCGGUUGAUGUUCAGGACCAGAAAAUUCGUAGCACAGAAACAUAUAUUAAAAGAUGUGUGCGGAGUGGCUUAUCCUGGUGAAUUGCUCGUAAUCAUGGGUGCGUCAGGCGCAGGCAAGACAACUCUAUUGAACGCAUUGACGUUCCGUUCGACACGUAGACUAUCUGCGUCCGGUUUGAUGGCUGCCAACGGCCACAGGAUAUCGUCAGGCGUUCUCACCUCCAGGAUGGCAUAUGUUCAACAAAACGAUCUGUUCAUUGGCACGCUGACCGUGACGGAACAUCUAAUGUUCCAGGCGGCAGUGCGGAUGGAUCGGCAAAUCCCUCGUCUCCAGAGAAUUAAACGAGUUAAUGAGGUCAUUGACGAGUUUGCCCUUUCGAAUUGUCGAAAUACUAAAAUUGGAGUACCCGGCAGAGUGAAGGGUCUCUCGGGGGGUGAGAUGAAGAGACUGUCGCUCGCCUCCGAGGUACUGACCGACCCUCCGUUGAUGUUUUGCGACGAACCCACGUCGGGCUUGGAUUCCUUCAUGGCUCAUCAGGUUGUCUCCAUUCUCAAAGCGUUGGCAGCAUGUGGUAAAACAAUCGUCGCCACUUUACAUCAACCCUCUUCGGAGGUGUUCGCUCUGUUUGACAAGAUUCUGCUGAUGGCUGAGGGAAGGGUCGCUUUCAUGGGUACAACCGCGCAAGCUUGCGCCUUCUUUAAGACCCUCGGUGCCGUCUGUCCCAGCAACCACAACCCCGCCGAUUUCUUCGUGCAAGUGUUGGCCGUAGUGCCGGGACGCGAGUUAACUUGCAGAUACGCGAUCGAAACAACGUGUGACGCUUUCCGGAAAAGCGAAGACGGUGUGAAUCUCGCCCGGCAGGCCGAGACCGUCCAUGGCGAGUUCGAGGAUACCCUCAAACGGUCCAGAUACUCCAAGGAUUCCGAUCGAUCGCUUUACAAGGCGAAUUGGUGCGAACAGUUUCGCGCGGUUCUAUGGCGAUCCUGGUUGUCGGUGAUCAGAGAACCGAUCCUUAUUAAAGUCCGCUUUCUACAGAUUAUCAUGGUUGCGCUAUUAAUCGGCGUCAUUUACUUUGGCCAGCGAAUAGAUCAGGAUGGCGUGAUGAACAUCAAUGGUGCCUUAUUCAUCUUCCUUACCAGUAUGACCUUCCAGAAUGUCUUCGCAGUCGUUAACGUGUUCUGCGCCGAGUUGCCAAUAUUCCUUCGUGAGCACAAAAACGGUAUGUAUCGCACCGAUGUCUACUUCAUCUGCAAAACGCUGGCGGAAGCUCCAAUAUUUUUGGCGAUGCCGCUGAUCUUCACCGCUAUCGUUUAUCCUAUGAUCGGCCUUUACCCAAACGUAAAGCACUUCUUCGUCGCUGCUGCCGUGGUAGAUCUCGUAGCCAACGUGUCGAUUUCAUUUGGCUAUUUGAUAUCCUGCGUUAGCAGCAAUGUAUCUACGGCUCUUUCCGUCGGUCCUCCAAUUUUAAUACCGUUCCUGCUUUUUGGUGGUUUUUUCCUAAACACAGUGUCCGUACCGUCCUACUUGGUAUGGUUCUCAUAUUUAUCUUGGUUCCGUUAUGGCAACGAGGCACUUUUGAUCAACCAGUGGUCAGAGAUCGAUUCGAUAGCGUGUACCAGAAGCAACGUGACCUGUCCAAAGUCAGGGCGCAUGGUUCUCCAAACUUUCAACUUCAAAGAGAAGGACCUCUGGACGGACAUCCUCUGCUUGUUCGCGCUCAUAGUCGCGUAUCGCUUUCUGGCGUUUCUCGCGCUACUAUCAAAAACUCGCCGAUCAAAGUAGCUAAUGUCUUUGUUCUGUAGAUGUCUAUCAUAAACCAAUGAUUUACUGUAAUACUGUAGGUUCCUUUAAUAAAAUAAGUUUUAAUAAAA